AUGAUUAUAUCUACAGGAGAAUAUUAUUCUUCUUCCUCCUCUUCUUCAUUUCCUCAUGAAGAAAAAAGUAAUUGGGAUAUGCUUUUAAGUGGACCAAAUGUCACUUCAACAGCCAUUCCUUAUGAUGGGGCUAUUUUUGUAAAUGCUAUUCGAGCUAUGUCCCCAACGUUGGAUUGGUCAGAAGUUCUCCAAACGUUGGAUAAUCAACAUUUUUUUAUCAAAUCUAAAAAUGCUUUACAAUUACUUAUGAUUAUUUUAAUAACGGGAAUUGCCCCAAAUCCUUUCCCUAUCGGACUAAUUUAUCGAUUAUGGGCUGGAAAUAAAGGUGGACAACUUUCUUUGCUCAGCCAAAUUAUUCAUCAUCCUGAUGUGGUAAUUAACUAAAUAUUAAUAGUUUAUGAGGAAUUUAUUAUCUCUUUGAUAUACACGAUAGCGUGGAUUACCCCCCUCCAAAAAUUACCUCCCUCCAAAGAUUUACUAUACUAGCAUUUUAUUGCUUAAUUCUAGUCUAUCCUGGCAGCUAAAUUAUUCUCUUUUCUUGCCUAUACCCCCAUUUUUAAUGUAUAUAUCCUGCCUGGAUUAACAACGUCUUAGAAAUAUGUAUUUCUGACUACUAACCUUGAAAUUCAAUUCUAACACUAAAAUCUAAGGGUAAAAUACGUCUCCCCCCUCCCUCCACAAAAUUUAUUUACUAUUCCUUUCUUAAAUAUGUAUCCCAAUCCUUAGUAUUCUUUCAAGUCCUCUUAUUUGUCCUCCUAUUG